AUGGAGACUAGCGGCGCGGCCGCCGCCGGCGAGGUGGGCUGGUACGUGCUCGGCCCGGACCAGCAGGGCGUUGGCCCCUACGCGCUUGUGGAGCUGCGAGAGCAUUUUGCAAACGGUUACCUCAACGAGGGCACAAUGCUGUGGGCACAAGGGAGGAAGGAAUGGAUGCCGCUCUCAUCGAUCCCUGAGUUACAUUCUAUAGUCACAGCAGCAAAGGAUCAAUCUGGACAAGCUGCUGCUCCGGAUGUCGAUGAUGAUUUCGCGAAAUUCCAAAAGGAGGUUACCGAGGCCGAGAAGGAAGUGAAAGGCAGCGCUGAAGAUGGUGAUGUGGGCCCGCAGGAUGAUGAGCGGCCGGCAACCCCGCCGGAUGGAGAGGAGGAAUUUACUGACGAUGAUGGCACCAUUUACAAGUGGGACCGUACUCUGAGGGCAUGGGUUCCUCAAAAUGAUGUAUCAGGUAAAAAGGACGGUUAUGCUGUUGAAGAGAUGACAUUUGCACUUGAGGAAGAAGUAUUUCAGGCACCAGAUAUCCCUGACCCAUCUGCAUUAAAAGAAAUUAACAUUCCAGUGGAAAGCAAAAACAAAGAAUCUGAUAAAGCAGAAAAGAAAGGAGAAAAGAAACGGAAAUCUUCUGAGAAGCCAGCUGAAAAAAAAGAAGCUAACAAACCUCCAGACAGUUGGUUUGAUCUCAUAGUCAACACACAUGUCUAUGUAACAGGUUUGCCUGAUGAUGUCACAGUAGAGGAGAUUGUGGAGGUAUUUUCCAAGUGUGGAAUAAUAAAGGAGGACCCGGAGACUAAAAAGCCUCGGGUGAAGAUCUAUAUUGACAAGGAAACUGGGAGGAAAAAGGGUGAUGCCUUGGUGACAUAUUUCAAGGAGCCUUCUGUAGCUUUAGCAGUUCAAUUGUUGGAUGGGACAUCAUUCCGUCCUGGUGGUAAGACUCUGAUGUCUGUAAGUCCAGCCAGAUUUCAGCAGAAAGGUGAUGUUUUCAUUGCAAAGAAAACUGACAAGCAAAAGAAAAGGAAGAUCAGAAAGGUUGAAGACAAAAUGCUUGGAUGGGGUGGACAUGAUGAUAAGAAGGUGAUGAUUCCUACUACAGUAAUUUUACGGCACAUGUUCACUCCUGCUGAGUUGAGAGCUGAUGAAGACCUUCUUUCUGAGCUUGAGGUAGAUGUUAGAGAGGAAUGUGCCAAGUUUGGUCCAGUGGAUAAUGUCAAGGUCUGUGAAAAUCACCCACAGGGUGUCAUACUGGUGAAAUUCAAAGACCGGAAAGAUGGCGCCAAAUGCAUAGAGAAGAUGAAUGGAAGAUGGUUUGGUGGGCGGCAAAUCCAUGCAAGCGAAGAUGAUGGUUCCAUUAACCACUCUCUUAUCCGUGAUUAUGAUGCAGAGGUGUCAAGACUUGAUCGGUUUGGAGAGGAGUUAGAAGAGUCCACGUAG